AUGUCCAGUGUUCGAACAGAGACCUCACAGGUGAGGAAACCAAAACUCACGAAACAAGAGCAUCUCGAUGCAUACAACAAGUUGCGUCAACGCAUGAGAAACCAACUCAAGCUCGCAGCUAAAGGCGAAGGUUCCGCAUUAUCAUUGAGCAAUAUACAAGAGCUUAAAAGAUUAUACCAUGCUUUGGAGACGGGGAAAGUGCGAGACACAAAGAUUCAUCUUGAAGAUUCAGAAGUGUUUAAAGAAGCUUCUGAUUUUGCUGCUUUAAAUGCUCGUAAUUUGAAAUUUGGCGAUGGAGGGAUAUCGUUGGAUGAAGGAGAUGUUUUAAGGAGGUUACGGAAAUAUGCCGCUACCGAUAGCUCUAUUCUUAGUGACAUUGUCAAGGAGGAUGAAAAUGGUGGUGACGAAUACUAUGGUAGGAGAGAUGAUGGCGACGACGAUGAUGAGCCCAUCACUGACGAAUAUACAUUCAAUAAAUUCAACUGGUUGAAAUUGGGGGUCUUGUAUCAUCAAGUUAGUAAAAAACCCAUCCUGAUUGAUUUUCUCAAUGGACCUUUGGCUAAUGAAAAGAAGAGAGCAACGACGAGGACGAGAAAUGUUGAUGAUACUAAAGGAGGUCGUUCUACAACUGCUCGACACGUUGAAGCUGGUGAUAUAGCGCAAGAUGAAGAGAAAAACACGGCGUACAUGGUGAGACUAGUUUACGACAAGUAUCUCAAAAAGGAAAGCGAUGAAGAAAUCAACUUUUUUAAAUUCUUUAUCAACCCGUUAUCGUUCUCCCAAUCUGUGGAGAACUUAUUCUACACUAGUUUCUUGAUUAAAGAUGGAAGAUUGAAAUUGUACGCCAACAAUCUGGGAGUACCGUGUAUUUCACGCGUUAGUCAAAAGGAGCUUGAACAAAUUAAGUUGGACAGUUCAAGCAUACUAUCGUCACAUCAUAUUGCAACAUUCAAUUACGACGUGUGGCAGUACUUUAUCCAAGAGUUGAAUUUAAAGGAGGCAUUUUUGGGUCAUCGAGAAGGAUUAGAGGAUCAAAUCCCACCUGAAGACUUGUUGGAAGACUUUGAUGAGCCAGAAAUGAGAUUACAUAAUAAUGAAGCUGACACUACAGGCAGUAGUACUACUACCACUACUCCAAGUUUUGAUGAAUAG